GAGGCUGUUACCUGAAGACCUAGGUAGCUUAGCCUCAGCGGUUGAGGAACUUUGAGAACCCUGGGUCUCUCACCCAGCAACCCGUCUCAGACCCGGCCGGCCUUAGAGGCGCAGGUCAAGUCUGCACGCGGGCGAGGGUUCUGGGCGGAGCUCGCCUGCCACUACUGGCCACGCCCCCUGCCCACGUGCCACCCAGGCCCGCCCCUCCCUGCCCCCACGUGGCCACCGCUCCACAUGGCCCCCUCUGGAUUUUCCUAAGGAGUCUAAUGAUUAACCCCGUGCCACAAUCAGCUCUGCUAUUGGUCACUCUGGCCCAGAGGGGCACGUGACUGGGAAGGGGCGCAGGCUGGUCCCCUCCCCCUCCUUCUCAGGUUCACCCCUGCCGGCCAUGGACUUCCUCCUGCGGCCUCAGCCAGAGCCAGAGAGCUUGGGCCCUGGGACGCCUGGGUUCCCCGAGCAGGAGGAAGACGAGCUUCACCGUACCCUGGGCGUGGAGCGGUUUGAGGAGAUCCUGCAGGAGGCCGGGUCUCGUGGAGGGGAGGAGCCAGGCCGCAGCUAUGGGGAGGAAGACUUUGAGUACCACCGCCAGUCCUCCCACCACAUCCACCACCCACUGUCCACCCACCUGCCUCCGGAUGCACGCCGCCGCAAGACACCCCAGGGCCCAGGACGGAAGCCUCGAAGGCGCCCGGGAGCCUCCCCGACUGGAGAAACCCCCACCAUUGAGGAGGGGGAGGAAGAUGAGGAUGAGGCCAGCGAGGCUGAGGGGGCCCGGGCACUCACGCAGCCGUCCCCUGCCUCCACACCCUCCUCGGUGCAGUUCUUUCUCCAAGAGGAUGACAGUGCUGACCGGAAGGCAGAAAGGACCAGUCCAUCUUCCCCUGCACCACUGCCCCACCAGGAGGCAACUCCUCGGGCCUCCAAAGGGGCCCAGGCUGGAACCCAGGUGGAGGAGACGGUGGCGGUGGCCAGUGGCACCGCAGGGGGUGACGACGGGGGUGCCUCGGGGCGCCCCCUGCCCAAAGCCCAGCCUGGGCACCGCAGCUACAACCUUCAGGAGAGGAGGCGCAUCGGGAGCAUGACCGGGGCUGAACAGGCACUGCUGCCCCGGGUCCCCACAGAUGAGAGUGAGGCCCAGACGCUGGCCACGGCCGACCUAGACCUCAUGAAGAGUCACCGGUUUGAGGACGUUCCUGGGGUGCGGCGGCACUUGGUGCGGAAGAAUGCCAAAGGUUCCACACAGAGUGGCCGAGAAGGGCGGGAGCCUGGCCCCACACCUCGGGCCCGAUCCCGGGCCCCGCACAAGCCCCAUGAGGUGUUUGUGGAGCUGAAUGAGUUGCUCCUGGACAAAAACCAGGAGCCCCAGUGGCGGGAGACAGCUCGCUGGAUCAAAUUUGAAGAGGACGUGGAGGAGGAGACCGAGCGCUGGGGGAAGCCCCACGUGGCCUCCCUCUCCUUCCGCAGUCUCCUGGAGCUCCGCAGGACCCUGGCCCAUGGGGCUGUGCUCUUGGAUCUGGACCAGCAGACCCUGCCCGGAGUGGCCCACCAGGUGGUGGAGCAGAUGGUCAUCUCUGACCAGAUCAAGGCUGAGGACAGGGCCAACGUGCUGCGGGCUCUGCUGCUGAAACACAGCCACCCAAGUGAUGAGAAGGACUUCUCCUUCCCCCGCAACAUCUCAGCUGGCUCCCUGGGCUCCCUGCUGGGGCAUCACCAUGGUCAGGGGGCUGAGAGUGACCCCCACGUCACCGAGCCUCUCAUUGGAGGUGUUCCCGAGGCCCGGCUGGAGGUGGAGCGAGAGCGUGAGCUGCUGCCUCCAGCACCACCAGCUGGCAUCACCCGCUCCAAGUCCAAGCACGAGCUGAAACUGCUGGAGAAGAUCCCUGAGAAUGCUGAGGCCACGGUGGUCCUUGUGGGCUGCGUGGAGUUCCUCUCCCGCCCCACCAUGGCCUUUGUGCGGCUCCGGGAGGCCGUGGAGUUGGACGCAGUGUUGGAGGUGCCGGUGCCUGUGCGUUUCCUCUUCCUGCUGCUGGGCCCAAGUAGCGCCAACAUGGACUACCACGAGAUCGGCCGCUCCAUCUCCACCCUCAUGUCAGACAAGCAAUUCCACGAGGCAGCCUACCUGGCUGACGAGCGGGAGGACCUGCUGACGGCCAUCAACGCCUUCCUGGACUGCAGCGUGGUGCUGCCACCCUCAGAAGUGCAGGGCGAGGAGCUGCUGCGCUCUGUGGCCCACUUCCAGCGCCAGAUGCUCAAGAAGCGGGAGGAGCAGGGCCGGCUGCUGCCUACAGGGGCCGGGCUGGAGCCCAAAUCUGCCCAAGAUAAGGCGCUCCUGCAGAUGGUAGAGGCAGCAGGGGCAGCUGAAGACGAUCCCCUUCGGCGGACGGGGCGGCCCUUCGGGGGGCUGAUCCGAGAUGUGCGGCGCCGCUAUCCCCACUACCUGAGUGACUUCCGAGAUGCACUUGACCCUCAGUGCCUGGCCGCCGUCAUCUUCAUCUACUUUGCCGCCCUGUCUCCUGCCAUCACCUUUGGGGGGCUGCUGGGAGAGAAGACGCAGGACCUGAUAGGGGUGUCGGAGCUGAUUAUGUCCACAGCGCUCCAGGGCGUGGUCUUCUGCCUCCUGGGUGCCCAGCCCCUGUUGGUGAUCGGCUUCUCAGGGCCCCUGCUGGUCUUUGAGGAGGCCUUCUUCUCGUUCUGUAGCAGCAACCACCUGGAGUACCUGGUGGGCCGCGUGUGGAUCGGCUUCUGGCUGGUGUUCCUGGCCCUGCUCAUGGUGGCUCUGGAGGGGAGCUUCCUGGUCCGCUUCGUCUCCCGCUUCACCCAGGAGAUCUUCGCCUUCUUGAUCUCACUCAUCUUCAUCUAUGAGACCUUCUACAAGCUGGUGAAGAUCUUCCAGGAGCACCCCCUGCAUGGCUGCUCAGCCUCCAACAGUUCAGAGGUGGACGGCGGUGAGAACAUGACAUGGGCCGGGGCAAGACCCACGCUGGGGCCGGGCAACAGGAGCUUGGCUGGGCAGUCUGGGCAGGGGAAGCCCCGGGGCCAGCCCAACACGGCCCUGCUGUCGCUGGUGCUCAUGGCCGGCACCUUCUUCAUCGCCUUCUUCCUGCGCAAAUUCAAGAACAGCCGGUUCUUUCCUGGCCGGAUCCGGCGGGUGAUUGGGGACUUUGGGGUGCCCAUCGCCAUCCUCAUCAUGGUGCUUGUGGAUUACAGUAUUGAGGACACCUAUACCCAGAAGCUGAGCGUUCCCAGUGGAUUCUCAGUGACUGCCCCAGAAAAGAGGGGCUGGGUCAUCAACCCCCUGGGAGAGAAGAGCCCCUUCCCUGUGUGGAUGAUGGUUGCCAGCCUGCUGCCUGCCAUCUUGGUCUUCAUUCUCAUCUUCAUGGAGACACAGAUCACCACGCUCAUCAUCUCCAAGAAGGAGCGCAUGCUGCAGAAGGGCUCCGGCUUCCACCUGGACCUGCUGCUCAUCGUGGCCAUGGGCGGCAUCUGUGCCCUCUUUGGCCUGCCCUGGUUGGCUGCUGCCACUGUCCGCUCUGUCACUCACGCCAACGCGCUCACUGUCAUGAGCAAGGCUGUGGCACCUGGGGACAAGCCCAAGAUUCAGGAGGUCAAGGAGCAGCGGGUGACGGGGCUGCUGGUUGCCCUGCUUGUGGGCCUCUCCAUAGUUAUCGGGGAUCUGCUCCGGCAGAUCCCCCUGGCCGUGCUCUUUGGAAUUUUCCUGUACAUGGGAGUCACCUCCCUUAAUGGGAUCCAGUUCUAUGAGCGGCUGCAUCUGCUGCUCAUGCCGCCCAAACACCACCCAGAUGUCACUUACGUCAAGAAGGUCCGGACCCUCCGUAUGCACCUGUUCACGGCCCUGCAGCUGCUCUGCCUGGCCCUGCUCUGGGCUGUCAUGUCCACAGCUGCCUCCCUGGCCUUCCCCUUCAUCCUCAUCCUCACAGUGCCGCUCCGCAUGGUGGUGCUCACCCGCAUCUUCACCGACCCAGAGAUGAAAUGUCUGGAUGCUAACGAGGCAGAGCCGGUGUUUGAUGAGCGGGAGGGUGUGGACGAGUACAAUGAGAUGCCCAUGCCUGUGUAGCCGCCGCCGAGGGACCGAUGGACGAGGGGACAGGCUGGUGGGAUGGGGUUCCCCCUCCCAUGCCCCUCCCUCCUUUUUAUUUAAGUGAAUAAUUUAAAGUCCUCUCCUCCCCCACUGCCCCUGCAGUAAAGUGCUUUGGCCCCCA